AUGUACUUGCCGUCCACUGCCACCCUCCUCUCGGUGGCCCUCCUACUAGCUCUCCCCACCUCCGCUGCUCCCUCGGCGAAGCGUGUCCGCCAGCUUUUCGAGGUCCUGACAACAGGCAACUUUACGGACUUCUUCGAUCUCUUCUCUCCUAACUCGACGUGGAACACGAUCGGGUUCGGAGUACGCGACUAUGAUGAGAUGGUUGAGGUUUUCAGUGAAAUCAACUGCUUGCUGUCGAACCCGCCAUUGAUCAUCGAGACCGACCUUGUACUGAGCCAAGGGAGCGCCGGUCCAUAUACAAGUGUCCAAGCUCAUGUGCCCAACGGGUACAUAGGGACAAACGUUUCCUUCAAAGGCGUGCAGUACAACCAAACCUACUCAUGGAUUAUGAAGUGGGACGGGGAGACGAUUCUGUCCAACACAGAGUACAUCAAUGAUAUACUAGCAGAGGACCUGAUUGGAGAUAAUUCUGGGAACUGUUAG